CGCUCUGUUCUGGAACCGCUCACGGAGGGCGCCAGGGGCUGCGAGCCGGGAAGGGGACGCCCACGGCCGGCAAGGGGGCGCUGUCCCCAGAGGCCUCUGACCCUGCGGAGCAUCGUCCCGCCCUGGAGCGACGGAUUCCACACUCGGGAGAAGCUGGCGGAGCCUGGCCCAGGGAGGCCGCGGCCAGUCGGGACAGGGGACUGGAGUCCGGCUCCCGCACCCGGGCCCGGUGACUGCGGGCGGCGCCCGCCUCCCGGCCAGCGGCACCUGAGAGGGGAGCGGGCGGGCAGAGCGGCGGUCCCGGGGCGGCGGGGCGCGGAUCUCCGGGAGGGACCUGGGAGGCGGAGGGGCGGGCCGGGGGCGGGCGCGGGGGAAGUGGCCCGCCCUCCCGCCUCCCCUCCCUGCAGGUCGGAGCCGGGACGCGGCGGCCCGGGACGCAGGGAGGGGGCCCGCGUCGAGAAUGAGGGAGUGGCCGCGCCGCCUUCGAGAGUCAUUGGAGGACGCGGCCGCCCGAAGCUGAUAAAUAAGGGGCCGGGCCGCGGCUGCCGGCCAAGCUGGACGCCCCGACCGGUGCGAGGGCCAGGUCAGCGCCGGCCUGUCGACGCGAAGCGAGGCGACCCCCGCGCGGCCAUGGCGGCGCUGCUGGGAGCUUACCCGUGGCCCGAGGGGCUCGAGUGCCCGGCCCUGGAAGCCGAGCUGUCGGACGGGCUAUCGCCGCCGGCCGCCCCCCGCCCGCCGGGGGACAAGGGCUCGGAGAGCCGUAUCCGGCGGCCCAUGAACGCCUUCAUGGUGUGGGCCAAGGACGAGAGGAAACGUCUGGCGGUGCAGAACCCGGACCUGCACAACGCGGAGCUCAGCAAGAUGCUGGGAAAGUCGUGGAAGGCGCUGACACUGUCCCAGAAGAGGCCCUACGUGGAUGAGGCGGAGCGGCUGCGCCUGCAGCACAUGCAGGACUAUCCCAACUACAAGUACCGGCCGCGCAGGAAGAAGCAGGCCAAGCGCCUGUGCAAGCGCGUGGACCCCGGCUUCCUGCUCAGCUCGCUCUCCCGCGACCAGAACGCCCUGCCCGAGAAGCGGGGCGGCGGCCGGGGGGCGCCGGGGGAGAAGGAGGACAGGGGUGAGUACUCCCCGGGCUCCGCGCUGCCCGGCCUGCGGGGCUGCUUCCACGAGGGCCCGGCUGGCGGCGGCGGCGGCGGCGGCGGCGGCACCCCGGGCAGCGUGGACGCCUAUCCCUACGGGCUGCCCACCCCGCCGGAGAUGUCGCCCCUGGACGUGCUAGAGCCGGAGCAGAGCUUCUUCUCCUCCCCGUGCCAGGAGGAGCACGCGCAUUCCCGCCGCAUCCCCCAUCUGCCCGGGCCCCCCUACUCUCCGGAGUACGCCCCCAGCCCUCUCCACUGCGGCCAUCCCCUGGGCUCCCUGGCCCUCGGCCAGUCCUCGGGCGUCUCUAUGAUGUCCACCGUGCCCGGCUGCCCCCCGUCUCCUGCCUAUUACUCCCCAGCCGCCUACCCUCCUCUCCACUCCAACCUCCACGCCCACCUGGGCCAGCUCUCCCCGCCUCCCGAGCACCCCGGCUUCGACGCCCUGGAUCAGCUGAGCCAGGUGGAACUCCUGGGGGACAUGGAUCGCAAUGAGUUCGACCAGUACUUGAACACUCCUGGCCACCCAGACUCUGCCGCCGGGGCCGGGGCCCUCAGCGGGCAGGGCCCGGUCUCGCAGGUGACACCGACGGGCCCCACGGAGACCAGCCUCAUCUCCGUGCUGGCUGAUGCCACGGCCACGUAUUACAACAGCUACAGCGUGUCAUAGAGCCCGGGGCAGCCCGGCCGGCCCGGCCUGGUCGCAGCCUCUCCUUCCCGCGCGGAGCGGAGCUGAUGCGCAGCGCCCCGGGGUGGGCAGGUCUGUGCUGCGGACCGGCUCUGCGGAUCCAGGGCCCCUCCGCCCGCCCCCUUCCCCGCCCGCCCGCCCCGCCCCGCCCCGCCCCGCCCCGCCCCCUGCAGCCUGCGUUUUGAGUAUAUUCCUUCAAAUGAGUUUUCAUUGGCCACACCCUGGGAAUCAGGCCCGGUCGUGGCUGAAAGACACUGUUUCCCGCGAGAAUUUUCACUGACCUCUCCUCCCAUUUCUCAUCCCGGAAACAAAUUCGGGAAAAGCCCGGAAGCAUUCGCAUCUCUCCUGCUUCUGACACAGCUGCAGGGGUACAGCCGUCCUGACCCUUGGUCGUCCAGGUGAGGAGAGCCCUGGGCUAAGAUUCAGGGGACCCGGGAUCCAAUCCCAAUUCUGCCUCAGGGGGCUGGUGAAACCCGACUCCCCUCCCCUCCCCGCCCAUGCCCCCCAUUUGUAGAGUGAGGGACAGACGCCGCAUCUAAGGUCCCCUCUGCUCCAGGGUUUUCUGAUUUAGGAUUCUCUCGAGGCUAACACAGGAAGAUGAAGUUGGCCUCAGUGAGCUCAUUCACCUGCAACCUGGUGACGAUUCCAUGCACAGCCCAAGGACACCAGGCUGCUGCACUUGGUCACAAUCUUCCAAUAUGAUCAUAGACUUCCAAAAGGACGCUUUGAGAAAGGACACUCACCUUGAUUUGGGAAAUUAACCCCUGGCGUUAACUGCAUCACUGAAAAUGAGAUUGAAUUCAAGAUUUUAAAACAAACAAACAAACAUAUUUUUUUAGACAAGUUCUUUUUUAUUACACACACAUUUCAAGAGAAUAUACACAGCCUGAAUACAUACAGUGUGUGUGAGACACACACAACACACACAUCUCCAUGCACAGCCUGAAUCAGAUACUCUUUGCUGUCCUUUGCAGCUUCGCGUCAGCCCUCUGUUCCUAACAACCCAAAGAGCAGGGAACUGGAAAAGAAUUUCAGCACAGCAGCAUCACUUUCUUCCAAUCUGAAUGUGUUGAUUUCUUGAGCAAAAUUUCAUCACGCUCUCCCUUCUGCAGAUGCAAAAGGAUCUUCCUUCCUGCCGUCUCCAUCUCCCUUUCCUGGAAUUUCUUUUUUCUCUUCUUUUCUGCUCGUUCUCCACCCCGGAAUUGGCCACUAAUUCAAAGAUCCCUUGACUUAAAAUUGCAGGCAUGAUUCCUACGGCAGAAAUGGGAAUUUGUUCUCCUCACCAGCCAGCUGGUUCUUUGGGUAACAUCUUCAGCCCACACAUCAAAGGAACUUCCCUUUAUGAUACUUACUUCCCAAAGAACAGAAGUGCACUGUGAUUCAGAAAAUAUUUCUGAGCCCUGACCCCAUCCCCAAAACAUUUCCAUCCUUCCCCAAGCCUCCUUUGAAGGAACAUACCUGUCAGUGUGCUAAAAGACAGUUGUUUGUCUUUUGAUUUCACCAUAUUAUUGCCUGUAUGAAAUAUGUACGUGUUUUAUAUAUUCUCCUAUUAGUUUCACCUUAUAUUUCAUAUUGUUGAAAGAUCCUUUUUCUUUUUUCCUUCCGAGGAGUCCUCUUGUAAAAUCUCUUAUGUGAUUAAUCUUUAUGCUGUUACUGUAUAUGACAUUUGGUAAUAAAUAGUAAAUCAUGGACAAUAUGAUUGGUGCAGUCCAGAAUGUAUGUUAAUAAUCUUAUAAAACAUUAUCACAGACAUUAAGCUAAACUGUUCCAUUUUCUGUAAGAACUACACAUGCUUUGGAAUGGUUGUAGAUAUUGAUUUGUCUAAAAUAUUUAAUUUAAAUAAACGUUUUUGUACCGUGA